GAAGGAGGGGUUAAGAUAGCAAUGUGCUGAGCCAAUGGCUUUUCCACAGAGCAGCUGGCUGGCAUCAGGACAGGACAGGCCGCACCGAGGAAGGAUACCUUGAGGACGGCUCUUCGCCGCUCGCUGUAGGACACUGAGGGUGACUUCCAGGAGGUGUUCAUGGGAUGCACUAUUUACGCAGCCAGCCCUAAGGCCCUGCCUGCUGACGAGGCCCCAGGCCAGGACAGAUACUACCAGCUCCCCCACUACCGCCACCCUCAUGGUAACUGCAGUCAGAGGAUAGCAGCCAGCAGAGCCAGGGCCAGGAACAUGACUGAGCAGCAGGAGCAGAGUGAAGAAACAGGCCUGCUCUCAACGCAGGACCUGGACCCCUCCAAGGACGACGACACACACGGCCACUUCAGGUUGCAGCUGAUUGAAGACCUGUCCUAUGAAGAUGUGAAGAAAUGUUACCGGGGCUCGUGUGUGUCUUGCAGCGCCUUGCUCCAGGCCUUGGAUGUGCGCGAGUGUGUGUGUGUUUAUGGUGCCAACGUGCUGAGCCUGGUGCAGAGCUCGCGUCCUUUGAGGGAGAGGGUGGUGUCUGCGGCGAGCGGAGCCGGUGGUGGCGGAGUGGCCGGUGGUGCUGUGCAGGCAGGCCGGUCCGCCAAGGAGCUGCUCAUGACUCUGCCCUGUCCUUCUGCGCAGACUGUCAGCAAGUACAACUCGCAGUACCACAAACUGUUCCAGUGUGUGCCCAAGGAUGAGAUCCUCAUGAAAGUGUACUCCUGUGCUCUUCUCAGAGAUAUCCUUCUACAAGGCCGGCUAUACAUUUCCAGAAACUGGCUUUGUUUCUAUGCCAACCUCUUCGGCAAGGACAUUAAGGUGGCUAUCCCUGUCAUUUCUGUGAGGCUGGUGAAGAAGCACAAGACAGCAGGCCUUGUGCCCAAUGGCUUGGCUAUCACCACAGACACCGGCCAAAAGUAUGUAUUUGUAUCUCUGCUAUCAAGAGACAGUGUAUAUGACGUCCUCCGCAGGAUCUGCACACACCUACAGGUCAAUGGGAAGAGUCUGAGCUUGAAGCAGUUCAUGGAGGAGCCGACCUUAUCGUUGGACGAGUUCCCUGCUCCGGAUGAAUUCCCGGUGGUUGACGAAUUCCCAUCAAUGUUGAAGUGGAGAAGGAAACCCUCAGUGGUGUCUGUGUCCUCCUCCCUUCCUGACCUCCUGGGGAACUCCACCAGCAGCCUGAGCCCCGCAGACACACCCUUCAAAUCAGAACAGCUGCUGGAAGAGCGAGCUCUCCAAACAGACAGAGGUCUUUUAUCAGAGCCAGUGGCAGAGCUGGGCCAGAUGGAGUACCAGCUGCUGAAGUUCUUCACCCUGCUUAUUAUUCUCCUCAUCCUGUCAUCGUGCUACCUGGCCUUUCGUGUGUGCAGUCUGGAGCAGCAGCUGUCCUUCCUCAGUAACCCAAAUCUGCCCCUGAGAGAGAGGUAGCCACUGCUCUCCGAUGAGAGCCAUCGGACUGGCUGCUGUUUUUCUCUUCUUAUGCUUUGAGUUGAUGAUGCCCUCCUGCACAGAUCCAGGACCAGCUUUAGAGCCCAGAAAAGAUCAACCCCUGCAACAUAAAGGAGCAACAUCAACCCGAGUCCAGGCAUCUUACAGACCUUCUCUCUGCGGAAUGAGUUGCUAUUUUAGAGAUCACUUCCAGACUAUGCAAACAGACUGUCUAUUUAUUUCUUAAUUUAAAGUAGGUUUUACUGUAGAUUAUGAUUGUCUACCCUGGCCUCUCCCUCUCACAGACAUUUCAUCUUUAACCACAUGACUCUGCAGUGUAAAUCCCUUUAUCCUAAAAUCUUUGUGGGCACUGAUAAAGUUUAGGAGUGGUGAUGGAGACUAGAGGUGAGGUUGGUGUUGGAGGAUGGAAAGGUGAGAGAUAAUUCAACGCAUUAAUUACUUGAAAAGACUGAGAGUAAAGAUAUUUCAGGUGAUUUGUCAUGAGUCAUCCAUUAAUAUCCAACAUAUUCUGACAACAAGUGGACUAAACCAAAUGAUUUUGUUUUCUGGUAAGAUAUUGCCAUAGCCAUCAGUAGGAAGGCUAAAACUAGCCGCGACAAUGCACUUUUUAAUAUAUGUCCACAUUAUUUCAAAUGUAUGUAACUGUUUAAAGAGUUUAGAUCUAUUUUAUGCUUGAUGAUAGGUACUCAGUUGUCAUUUUUGAAGGUAUUUAUGGAAGGAAGUAAUGUUAUGACCACAGACACUUGGCUGAAUGAAGUUACCUGUCAUUUACCUGUAAUAUACUGGAGCAAUAACACCACUUGUGGGUGUUAACUAUAAUGUGAAUGAGAUGGUUAGAUGACAUGCGUAAUUUUAGUUUUUAGUUGUACUAAUCUGCUGUGUGAAAGGAAAACCCAGGGUGUGUCUUUUAUACAUCUCAAAUGAAGUCACCAAAGACUUAAAAAUGACACAUUGACGUUGAGUGUUCACGUUAUCAUAUCUUUGUCUGAAGAUGUUUUACUGAUUUUGCAGACAUGAAAUGUAGUCCUAGACUAGUCUGUGAAAUCCCUAUGAAUUUAAUUGGCAACGAAAUGUAGAUAAACAAAAAAUGUUUGCGGCUUUUAAUUUAUUUUUCAUCUUUGGUGCCAAGACUUCACUAUCCAACGUUCCAUCCUGUCAUAUUGGCACUAUGUACAGGACCACCAUGAAAAGCCUUGACUCCAACAGCACAGCACAUUUUUAGUAACCUCUAAAACUAAGCCUAAAUCAUAAAACUGGAACACGAUGUUGGCAGAAGAACUUAAUGCUUAAUAAAUUACAUAUGGGACGUUGGCUGUACACCAUUUGCAUUGGUUUUCUUCCACAUGUUUCAGUUUGAAUUGAAUAACUUUUCACUGUUUUCAUGGGUUAAAAAUUUGUAUUUCCAUUAAAUGUCAGCUGUUGAGAAGCUACAAAAACCAACCGUGACUUUAGUCAAGGAAUACAUAAAUGCAAAAACAUGUUUGACAUUAUCUGAUGGGGUUUGAAAAAGCUCCAUAACGUUUUCUAAACUAUAGUGAAACCAUGUGACCCUUAAACUGAUAUGAAGAGAGCUGGAGUUACAAGCUUUUCACGUGACAUCAGUGAUAUAAGGUUAUACGUCAUACUGUAAGUGUAUGACAUGCAGUGCUUUUACUAAUAAACUAAAUAAAUAGUG